AGAGGGAGCGAGCCCGCCGUGGCCUUUCAACAGAAGGGCUCCAGCCGCAGCCCCAAGAAGCCGCGUCGCUGCAGGUGCCAGCCACACUCUGGGGGGGAUAGCAAGAAGAGACCCCAGCUUGAAGAGGCAGCAUGCAUCUGGAGGAUGGCUGAGGCUGGCCACCACAGUGAGACAACCACUAUCCAAGGCUGGCUUUCCCAGAGCGAUAGAAGAGGAAUGAUUGCUUUGUGGGGAACUUUGUCUUGCUUUUUCCUUUUGGCAACUGUCAGCAGCCUUCCAGCGUCCAACUUGCCUGCUUCAGACCCUGAAGAGCGGUUUACAAGAGAGCCACCAGAUUAUUUUAGGAGUGAAACUGCUGUCUUUGAAGAAUUGGUGGUUGGAAUUGGUGAUACCCUUGAACUCCAAUGUAAUAUUCCAGCUUCCUCUGUGCCUGCCUUCUGGUAUAAAGAUGGCUUAGGGCUAUCACCUACAAACCGGACUCAUAUCGGCCAAAAACUGUUGAAGAUUAUUAACGUGUCAUAUGUGGACUCCGGCCUAUACAGCUGCAAACCAAGGCACUCGGUUGAAAUACUCAGGAACUUCACAAUACGUGUAAUAGAAUCUCCAUCUUCAGGUGAUGAUGAAGAUGAUGACGAUGAAUCUGAAGAUGGGAUUGCUCCUUAUUGGACCCGUCGUGAGAGAAUGGAAAGGAAGCUCCUGGCUGUGCCUGCUGCAAACACUGUGCGCUUUCGUUGCCCAGCUGCUGGCAAUCCACCUCCUUCCAUAUAUUGGCUGAAAAAUGGCAAAGAAUUCAAAGGAGAGCAUCGUAUUGGGGGUAUCAAACUACGGCAUCAGCAGUGGAGCCUUGUCAUGGAGAGUGUGGUUCCUUCUGACCGAGGCAACUACACUUGUGUGGUGCGAAACAAAUAUGGUGUCAUUUGGCAUACUUAUCAGCUUGAUGUUCUUGAAAGAUCACCCCAUCGUCCCAUUCUCCAAGCAGGAUUGCCUGCUAAUCAGACUGUGGUGGUUGGGAAUGAUGUUGAGUUCCACUGCAAAGUGUACAGUGAUGCCCAGCCUCAUAUCCAGUGGCUGAAACACGUGGAAGUCAAUGGAAGCAAAUACGGCCCAGACGGGACUCCUUAUGUCACUGUCCUAAAGUCUUGGAUCAGUAAAAACGCUGAAGCUGAUGCUAAACUAAACCUGUUCAAUGUGACAGAACAGGAUGAAGGCGAAUAUCUAUGUAGAGCCAGCAAUUUCGUAGGCAGAGCCGAAAAAUCUUUUUGGCUCCACAUUGGCAAAUCAGAACCAGCAGAAAAGCAAGUUGCAGUGGAGGACUCCAGCUCUCUUUAUGCAGGCCUCCUCAGCUACGGGACCGGCUUUGUUCUUUUCAUAUUAGUGGCUGUGGUGGUGGUGAUUUACAGAAUUAAAAGACCAGUUAAAAAACCUAUAAAUGCCACCACUGUUCAGAAAGUCUCCAAGUUCCCACUGAAGAGACAGGUAACAGUGUCUUUGGAGUCCAAUUCUUCCAUGAAUUCUAAUACUCCACUGGUCAGGAUCACCCGCCUGUCCUCCAGCGAUGGACCAAUGCUGGCAAAUGUCUCAGAGCUCGAACUGCCAUCUGACCCCAAGUGGGAAUUGGCCAGAUCUCGCCUGACCCUUGGCAAGCCAUUGGGUGAAGGCUGUUUUGGUCAAGUAGUGAUGGCAGAAGCAAUGGGAAUUGAUAAAGAGAAACCAAACAAGCCUGUCACUGUAGCUGUCAAGAUGCUGAAAGAUGAUGCCACAGACAAAGAUCUUUCUGACUUGGUCUCGGAAAUGGAAAUGAUGAAAAUGAUUGGGAAGCACAAAAAUAUCAUUAAUCUGUUAGGUGCCUGCACGCAGGAUGGCCCCCUUUAUGUAUUGGUAGAAUAUGCAUCAAAGGGGAAUUUACGGGAAUACCUCAGAGCACGGCGGCCACCUGGAAUGGAUUACUCCUUUGAUACCUGCAAGCUACCUGAAGAACAGCUAACGUUUAAGGACUUAGUCUCAUGUGCCUAUCAAGUAGCUCGUGGAAUGGAGUACCUGGCCUCUCAGAAAUGCAUCCAUCGUGACCUGGCAGCAAGAAAUGUCUUGGUCACUGAAGACAAUGUAAUGAAAAUAGCUGAUUUUGGUCUUGCCAGAGAUGUUCACAACAUUGAUUAUUACAAGAAGACAACCAAUGGUCGACUGCCUGUGAAAUGGAUGGCUCCAGAAGCACUGUUUGACCGUGUCUAUACUCACCAGAGUGAUGUUUGGUCCUUUGGAGUGCUGCUGUGGGAGAUCUUUACUUUGGGAGGGUCUCCAUACCCAGGAAUUCCAGUUGAGGAACUCUUCAAACUCUUAAAGGAAGGCCAUCGCAUGGACAAGCCAGCAAACUGUACCCAUGAUUUGUACAUGAUUAUGAGAGAGUGCUGGCAUGCGGUACCAUCACAGAGGCCAACUUUUAAGCAGCUAGUCGAAGACCUUGAUCGAGUUCUGGCAGUAACCUCAACUGAUGAGUAUCUUGAUCUGUCAGUGCCUUUUGAGCAGUAUUCUCCUGCAGGCCAGGAUACACACAGUGCGUGCUCUUCAGGAGAUGACUCAGUAUUUGCACACGAUCUCCUCUCAGAUGAGUCCUGUCUUCCAAAACAGCAAGCAAAUGGCAUCAUCAUCAGGACGUGAUGACAGACAGACCUGCAAAAAAAAAAAAAGUGACUGUUGAAUGUAUGCUUAGAGGAGGUUAAAAGCAAAGCCCAUCGGAGGAUUUUAUUUUUCUGCUCAAUGGCAGUGAAGAUUACUGAGUAUUACUGUGAAGUCAUGGCUUGGCGUAUCGUUUCCCCCUGUUUAGCUGAAAAAAAGAACCAUGAAAGCUAAGUUGCACUGUUGAGUCUGAAUGAACCAGUGUUUUACAGGACUGCUAGUAUUUCAUCUAGAGCAAGGAGGGUGGGGGAACAGCACAUGUGACAUCCUCCCUUUUUUUAUUACUCCCCAAGCUUCACUGUCACCAACCCCCUCUAAUGAAUGACAGUCCCAAAGACCACCAUGCUUUAAAGAGGAUGCAUGAUUCCUCUUUUAAAUAAGGUGUGCCCCUGGCCCUUACAUGCCUUUUUUUAAUGAGAUAUAAGCAUCUUUUGAAAUGGAAAGUGGCCUGCUGAUUACUUCCAGUUUUAGGAGAAGAGGGUUUGUGGAUUGCAACAUUAUUGAUGGUCAAAAUUGGUUCCCAGAACCUACUGCAGUUGUCCUUCUUGAAUUUGGAAGGUGUUAAAUGCUCAGCCCCAAGUCCUGAGUGACGCAGUCAGCGUUGUCUGCCUGCAGUACUGUACUAGGGGAGAAACAUGAGGGGUCAUUAAGAGAAGAAUAUGUGAAGAACAAUUUUGGUGGAACUCAAGAGCCACAUUGCCUGCAGGGAUCCAUACACUUAUGUAAAUACAUACUAUUUUUUAUUAUAUUCACCAUCUGUUUAGGAGGAAUGUUGAAGCCAUUCGGAAGAGUUGGUCAUUCUUUAAAAAAAAUCAGGCCUCUGUAAAAGUUGCCUUGGUUUUGCCAUGAUGGAGAAUAACUGCCUCUUGCACUAGCAGCAGAAAGAGAGUAAGUGAAUGUACAUAUGCAGACAGAAGAGAACGCAAAGAACUGGAAGCAUGUUGCAAGCUGUAGUCACUGGGGUGACUGGAAUGUCAUUAAUUUUUAGUUUUAGCAUGUUGUGCUUAACCUGCUCUCCAGUUCUUCCAGGGGAUUGUCUUAAAAUCAUGAAUAGUUUGGAACACAAGCCUUGCUAUUUGCUGUAUUUAUUUAUAUCCAGUGGGUGAAAAUUACAGAUGGGAGCCUGAAAGUCCCCGCAACAGAUGUCUGUAACCUCUCCCAGAAAUGUAGUAGCAUUUUCCAAUGAAUAUUUGGAGAAAAUAAUUACGGGUACCUGUUAAGCAAGUGACUUUAAAUGUAUCUACAAGUUCUUUUUCACUAGAUUUCUGUAUAUAUCUAUAAAUAUAUAUGUGUGUGUAUAUGAGUCUAAAAUAAUAUGGUAGCUGAUAGCCAGGCUGAAAGAGAAUUUCUCCAAGUAAGAAACCUUCCAAUCUAGGAUAUACUGAUCCAGGGAAAGAGAAUUUUUAAAAUCUUUCCUGAUUUUUAAUAUAUAUAUAUAUAUCUUAACAUCAUGUAUAUUUGUAAAAUUAUUUAUAGAUAUUAACAUAUAUUUUCAUCGGUUUUAAAUAGCUUAGCAUUAAUGUAUGCAUUUACUUUUUCAACAUAUUUUAAGUUUUUAACUUAUUGAAAGUGCAGGAAAAUAAAUUAAUCAAGAGUUUUCUUUGUAGUUUAUUGAGAAUAUUAAAAGAAUGUAUAGCUGUACAAUGAUUUAACAAAAUUGCUUUGAAUACUGUAUUUUCCCCCUGAAUUGCAGUGAGUAUAAAUACAUAGAUUCUGUAACACAUUAGUGUUAAAUACAAACAGAUGGCAGCAGAUAUUCUUUUUACAUCUGUGUAAGAGCCAAGAAAUCUUUCAUCACGUUUACCACUGUGCAUUAAGGGGGUGUGAGUGUAUUUUCCCCUGUUUUUUUUUUAAAUGAAGGUAUUCUUUGUGGUUGACAUAGUAGCAAGUAUGCAGGAUGUUGACUGCAAAUAUGUGUUUCUUGUGCCAGACCCAUUGGCAUUUUCACUUUGGAAAAAUGGGGGUGUGGGGAAACAAAUAUAAUAUUUAAAUUAUAUGUAGGGAGUUUUUAGGGUCAUAUAACCGUUGAGCCUAACAUUUUUGAGCAAAAAUGAUUACAAAAUUGCAUGGUGAGAUACUUCUGUCAGGACAUUCUAGAUCACAAGGAGAAAUAAAGAAUGGAGGAAAACCAAGGCAGUUGAAUUUUCAAGCACCUUUUAACUCUUACUACUACACAAAGAUACCUGCAGUAAUCCUGAAGUCUUCACUUUGCAAAUGAGUUGUUUUGCUAGAGGAACAGGAUGGAUACCGUCCCAGUACAGUAUCCAGUUUGUAAUAACACAAGGAUUUUAUCAGAAUAAGCUAAUGUAUAGAUUUGAAGUUUCAAAGAGUUUUUUUUUU